AUGUCUGAGAACGACCCACUGCCUGAGCAUUCCACAGAGCCUCCAGCUACUUCUCUGCUGGACUCAUCUCAUCAACUUGAAGAAAAUGAAAAUGACAUUUCUCAGAUUCCUACUAAUAUUUCUGUCCCCGAACAAACAAAGCAGCAGCAGCAGCAGCAGCAGCAGCAGCAACCCACCCCCACACAAAUAGAACCCGAGACAAAAGAAUCCUUUGAAGAAGAGAAAAAACAAGAAACUAACAAUCUCAAGCAACCUGAAAAUAUAGAAACCGAGGAAUUGCCUGUUGAAAACUCUGAUAAAAGCAUAGAGUUAAAUUCCACUAAUGAGUCUGAAUUAACUUCCAACUCAAAUCUCAACAAGGUUGAUGACGAUAACACAGAUAAUAACUUUGUUUCUGAAGUUUCCAAACCAAUAGAAGAUUCUUCUAAAACUUUAGAAAUACCUUCUGAACAGACUGAAAAGAUAGCCGAAAAGACAUUGCCAGAGUCUGUUUCAACUGCUGAUGGUGUUGAAAAACAACAAGAGCCAAUAUCUGACCAGGUUUCUCCAUCUAAAUCUACAUCUAAAUCUACAUCUAUAUCUUCACCUUCACUAGCAGUCUCUACAGCACCCAAAAAACAGGAAUUCCCAGAAUCCUCUAAACAAACACCCCCCACCCCACCACCAAAACCUCAGACAAAACCAAAAUCAUCUACCAGUUCUUGGGGUGGUUUACUGAAGCGGGCCGUCGCUAAUGUGGAGUCGACUCUUGACCGAAUGGAAUCCUCUCUCGACAAGGUUAUUUCCGAUAGUGCAACGUCAGAAAUUGGACCUAAACCAACUGAGCCGGAACCCGCAGCAAAAAUUACCUCUCCCAAACCUAUCAACGUAACUUUGCCUGCGUCAUCAAAUUCGUCGUUGUUGUCACCAGCUACUCCAUCACCAUCACAAACACCUUCAACGGGCCGUUUGUCAUUACAAGAGCGAUUGGCCAAGUCUAUUAAAUCAUCUAGUAGCACACAAUCUCUUGCACAGUCGCUCGCUCAAACCCCAACUGAUUCACCACGUCAAAGUUUCGAUAGAUCAAUUACAUCUCCUAAAACUUCAAUUGAUAGUUCAAGACCUUCUAUUGAAAAGUUAGAAUCACAGCCUGAACCAUCUGAAUCACCAGCACCACAAAAUGUACUUGAGCAGGAAAAACCUUCAGACUCAGAUGUUGAUGACACUUCCAAAACUGAACCCUUAACUUCAAACAUCUUAGACUCUUUAAACCUUGGCACUUUAAGUUCUCUUGUUGAAGAAAUUAACACUCUUGGUGAGACUGGUUCAGACCCUAUCCCCUUGGCUGAUCUCAAAUCUAAAUUUUCUCGUUUUAUGGAAGAGCUAAAGUCUCGCGAAGAAACAAACAAUGAGGAGCUUCACUCUUAUAAGGAAAAGGUUACGUCUCUUGAGUCAAAACUUGUAUUUUUAGCACGCGAGGAGUCGGAAAAUGCCAAACAAGAUAAACUUAAUAGUACAGGAAUACAAAAGAAACUUGCUGAAAAGGAAGAGCAAGUUGCUUUACUGAUUGAAGAAGGCCAAUUACUGUCUAAAAAGGAACUAAAGUAUAUGAACACCAUCAAGGCAAUUCGCUCCCGAGAAAAAGAACAAGAGAGAUCAGCGCUCGAGGCUCGUGAUAAACAGCAGCGCUCAGAACGCGAGCUUAAGCAGCUACGAGAGCGUGUUCAACAACUUCAAGAUACUGAGAAACGCAACACGGGAGACCAGCGUAUUCGUGCCAAACUUGAAAACGAAGUUGAAUCUCUACGACGCGAAAAGGCAAGUGCAUUGGCCAAGGUUGAAAAUCUUGAGGACACAGUUGCUGUAUUGAAGCAGCGCAACACUGCAGAACAAACGGCAGCCCAAACAAAAGCUUUGGAAGCUGAACGUACUCGUGUAACGGAGUUACAACGCGAGCUUACACAAGCACAACUGGCGUUGACAGUAAGUAACGAUACUCACAAGAGCGAAAUUCGGGAACUUGAGACGCGGAUGAGACGGGAUGCAGCGAGUUGGGAACGGACCCAGGUCAAGACUGAAAAGGAGAUUCGACAGCUUGAAGCCAAAGUUGAAAUGUACCGCAGCCGGUCUGAGGAGUUAUCAAGCGGGUUAGGAAAUGGUACUAAUGGUACUAAUGGGAGCGGUGCUGGUGGCAGUGCCGCCGGACCCGAGUCCUCACAAUUGGCACUUUUACGGCAAAUUGAGGUUAUGCAAACCCAGCAUAGCAUUGCAACAGAAAAUUGGAACGGUAUUGAAACCAAUCUUCAAAACCGCAUUGCCAGUCUUGAGCAACAAGUAGAGGAUUCUAAUGCUCGUGACUUGCAGUUUAGAAAGAAGAUUAAAUCGUUGACUGAAAGCCUUAAAGUACAGACGGCUGAAAAUGAAACCUUGGCUGAUCAGCUUGAAGAACUUCAAGAUAAACUUAAAGUGGCCACAACCACUGGAGCAGAUGCAUCUUCCAAACUUGAGGAAGCACAAGCUCGGGUACAGGAGCUUGAAGAAAUGCUUGCUGAUCACAAGAAAAGCAGUGAUACUCGAAUGCAUAAGCUUGAGCAAGAGCUUAGGGAGAGUGUUGAUGCUGCUAAUGCAUCAGCCACUGCUGCUCAGCAAAAGUUACAGAUGAUUCAGCAACAACAGUUGCAACAACAACAGCAGCAGCAACAACAACAACAACAGCCACAUUGGCGAGGCCCGCAACAAGCUCAAGCUCAAGCUCAAGCUCAAGCUCAAGGUCAUUUGAUGGGCCGACAUACCAGCUUGGACUCUGGAAAUUCGGAUCCCUUAUUAAACAGCUCUACAUCUUCGGCUUCAUCAUCUCAAAUUUCACUAACUCUUCCACGUCGUGGUAGCGGUGAUGUUCAAUCAGGGCUCGACGAUUUUGGUCCUGGAGGGCUUUACAUUAACAGUGGGGCUGCCAAUAUUCGUGGCAACUCUACAAUGGCCAACUACUUGAACGGAUUGACAUCUCCAACACCGUCACCAUCGACAUGGGGCUUUGGAGCUCAAGCUGGAGCUGGAGCUGGAGCUGGAGCUAAAUCUCCAAUGAUGAUGCGACGAUCUUCGAGAGGUAGUUUGCAUUCCAACAUGACGAAUCCUUAUGAGAGUGCACAUUUGGGGCCGAGUGGUCCAAUGGGUAUUUCAGAGGUGAUGUAUGAAGAGAAUGAGGAAGAAAAUUUAGAUAACGAUGAUGAGGGUGGAGAAAGUGCUGGUCGUGCGGCGUCAUUUGUUUCUGUGGGGGAUACGAGUGUUGAACUUGGAGGAGAAGCACCUGGAGGGUUCCCAAACUUUGAAGAUUCUGCGUCGACAGUUGGUGGAAGUAUUGGUAUUCGGGAGAGUGAAAGUGAUCGACGGGAUAGUGCGAGCGGAGCAGGAGGAGGCGGGGGGGCUUCGAUUCAGUUGGUUGGGCGCAUGUCACGGACGAUUCGUAUUCUUGAGUCUGAGCUGUCGAGCGUCAAGCUUGAGCUUGCACGGGCUGGUGCCAAAGAGGAACAAGCCACGCGAGAAGUUUUACGUCUUUCUGCUGCACAAGAGGAGGCAGAAAAGAGUCAGGCACGGAUUGGAGAGCUUGAGAGUAAGAUUGAAAAUAUGAGUAAGCGAGAACAAACAGCUUUGGAGAUGCUUGGAGAAAAGUCGGAGCAAGUUGAGGAGCUGCGGGCAGAUGUGGAUGAUCUUAAAAACAUGUAUCGGACUCAGAUUGAGGAUCUAAUAGAUCAGUUAAUCAAGGCCAAGAGUAAAUAA